CUUUACCUCUCGUAAAAUUUAUUAUUUUCUCAUCUCUGUCACGAACAGGAUCGGAAUUUUCGCGAGAGCGACUUGCUUCACAUUGUAAUUUAUUCUCCUUCGACUUUCUCUGAAGAAACACUUGUGGAUGGCUUGGACAAUGCUCUUUGCUUCUUCACUACCGCCGUGGACUGAUGGUUGUGUGACCAGCCAAACUCUUGUGUACGCGAAGCUUUACCAUAUUUCAAACACAUGUAUGUCCCUCACGACAUACGAGGUGGGUCAAACGAGAAACGAAGUGCUGCUACUCUCUACUGAUACCAGCUGGGUACCGCAGUACCUAGUGUGGGUGAUAACGAACAGGUGUUCCUUCCCUAUCGAAACGCAGUACUGAUACACUCGCACAAUCGGACUGUUCGCCCAACCUCGGACUUGACUAGGACCAAAGGUUGUCCCCAGCACUUGUGAACACAACGUAGUUCGUGGUCGGACGGGCGUAGUUCACCGGUGUUCCAUCGACGUAAUUGCCUUGACAAACGUGUCGUGUUCGUCAGCUGCUGACGAAACGCGAAACGCACACACACGACACCGCAUGACUAGUACACUGGCA